AUGGUUAUUGAAGAAGCAGAUGAAGUUAAUAUUAAUAAAUAUGAAUCUAAUGAUACAAAUAACAUACUUAAAGAGAAGAUAACAGUCAGUAAGACUAUAAAAGUAAAGCGAUCAAGAAGAUUUAUGGUAAAUUCAAGAACAACAAGUAGAAAUGCAAAUACAUUGUUUCUUUUGUUGAGGAUAGUUGAAAAUUUUGUGGUUUUUAUAAAACAAUGGAUGUUUUUGUUUCUACUCGUUAAUAGCGUUAGUGGAUUCACUCAGCAGAAGUUUGCAAUUGAGCCGCAAGACCAGAGUGCUGUAGUAGGUUCAAGAGUGACUCUACCAUGUCGUGUGGUAAAUAAAGCUGGACAACUGCAGUGGACCAAGGAUGACUUCGGCCUUGGAACUCAUCGGCAUUUGACUGGCUACGAAAGAUAUAAGAUGAUAGGAAGCGAUGAAGAAGGAGAUUAUUCAUUGGACAUUAGAGAUGUGGCUUUGGAAGAUGACGCGUUAUAUCAGUGCCAAGUUAGCACAGGACCUAGAGGCGAACCAGCUAUUAGAUCAAAAUCUGCUCGUCUCACCGUUCUCGUGCCACCAGAAGCGCCGAAAAUUCUAAAAGGACCGACAAUAGAUGCUGUGGAAGAUAGAGAAGUUAUGCUUGAAUGUAUAUCUGUUGGUGGGAAACCUGCGGCGGAGAUCACGUGGGUAGAUAACGACGGAGGAGUACUCAGUCAAGGAGUGACUUAUACGGUUGAACUGAUGUCUGAUGGUCGAAGAUACACGGCUCGAUCGGCUCUUCGGCUUCGUCCUAGAAGGCAGAACCAUGAUCAAACCUAUACGUGUCAAGCUCAGAACACAGCAGACAGAGCUUAUAAGGCAGCCACUAUAAAAUUAAAAGUACAAUAUGCACCAAAAGUUCGUGUUCUUAUAAAGUCAAAAGCCACAAGUGGUAGAAUUCAGGAAGGGCAGAAGUUGAUAUUAGGAUGUCAGGCUGCAGCUAAUCCGAGUAACCUCACGUACAAAUGGUACGUGAACAGCGAACAAGUGCCUACUGCUAAAGACAAUGAAUUGGUUAUAUCAAAUGUGUCCCGGAAGUACAAUGAAGCGACCGUUAAAUGUGAAGUUCAGAAUGAAGUUGGCAAGAGCGCCGAGUCUAAAACCCUAGAAGUUUCAUAUGGACCAGUCUUUAGAACGAAGCCUCAAAACGUGGAAGGAGAUAUAGGUGCAACAGCGACAUUAUCUUGUAUUGCGGAUGGUCACCCUUCACCCAAAGUGCUAUGGUUGCGAUACGAAAGGGACAAAAUUAUUAGAGUGGGCAAAUCUGCCAAUUUGACAGUGACAAUUAAUAAACAGUCUACGGGACAAUACUGGUGUAGAGUUAGUGUGGAAGGGUAUCAGGACAUCGAAGCCCCAGCCAUGGUCUACUUAAAAGGUCCACCCAAAAUAAUGUCAAAUCAAACACAAUAUGGAGUGGAAGGUGAUAGUGUACACGUGGAGUGUAUAUCUUUCUCUGUACCGAAACCUGAUUUAGUUAUAUGGGCUUUUGGAGGAAGUGAAAUAAAUUCUUUUCAUAAUGAAGAAUAUGUUUUCUUAGAAGAAUCAUUAACAGAUGGCAUGACUAAAUCUACUCUAGUUAUUCGGAACAGUCAAACUCGACAUUUUGGUUCUUAUAAUUGCACAGUGUCUAAUGCAUAUGGAAGCGACAGUGUUGAAAUUAAUGUUAUACCAGACAAAUCGAUCCCUCUUAUGGCAAUGAUAGUAGUUGGCGCAGCAAUAACUAUAGUUAUACUUAUUAUAAUGCUAGCUUUAAUGCUUUGUCAUCGAAAAACCCACAAAUCAGACUCGAAGAAACCCGACAUUACCGAAGUUGGUAAAACUUUUGAUCAGUUUAAAGAUAGCGAUCGAAAUUCAAACAUAAGUGACUUGAAGUUGGAAUUGAGACAAGUGGAAGGAAGCUGUGACAUGGAUAUUUCGAACAAUGAGGAAACGGAACUGCGUUCCACUUUGCACCUGACCAACAACUUGGGUCUUCCCCUCGCUGGCCCUGUACUUCCCGAUACUGGCUUUGAUAAUGAGCUUAUGAAACAAUAUCAGCGAUAUAGUGGGGAUUUCAAUGCUAUUCAUAACGUUCAUUUUAAGGCACAUGAACAAAGCAACGGGUACGUACCGUAUGUGGACUACUCGCGAGAUUACGCUCCCCCGCAACCUAAUGACUCUCUAAGUGGAUCCUUAUCUCGGAGUACUACAGAUGCAUCGACAUAUCAGAGUCAUUGUGGGUCUUUGAAUCGUCAAGGAAGCUGUGGAAGGUUGGGCAUGAUUGGGCCUGAUGUCAUACCCAUGGGAAAUGCUGGAGUAAUUCUGACGGGUGGAGUUGAUGUAAGAUAUGCUGCAACAUAUGGAAACCCUUAUUUGAGAGACACUACUGGCUUUCCUUACGUCUCUGCAGUUAAUAAUGCUGCUAAAAAUGCUCCUCCGCCGUACUAUACAUUAAGAAACACCAACCAUCUGCCACCAAGCUCAUCGAUAACAUCACCAUCAUCUUCUUCUACAUCAAGACCGUUCACAAGUCCGCCCAUUUCGUCGUCCAGUAGCAACAGUGCUCAGCCUCAAGUGCCUAAACCCCCGCCACAGACGCCCGGCGCGCUCUACAUUCUCUCGCCUUCUAAUCAAGGAAGCAUGCAUACAUCGCAAAUAUCUACCAAAGGAUCUGGAACUCAUGUG